AUGGCCCCGCCAGUCAUGGCAGAUCUCGGGACGGUUAGUACAGUUGCUGGAGUGGCCUAUCACAUUAAGAAGCUCGGUGAUGAGGUCUCAGGUCUCUUCAAGCACUGUGAAAGACUAGGACAAGGGAUGGAGGAGCUUCGCAGCCACAUCGAAGAACGCAUUCGAGACUGUCAGAGAGCGGACACCGCAUCUCCGCGGAUAUACGAGAGUCUAUCAAGCUUGCAGCAUCAGAUAGACGAGAUGCUCUCCCGAAAUAAGAAAAUAAUGAAGAACCGGAGACGUCACCUGCCAAAUAUGCAGGUCGUCUUGCGACAACAAAGGGACGAGCUCUUCGAGAAAAUAUCGGCGUUGGAAGCAGACUUUAGCAGAGUCUUUAGAAGUUUUGUGGUGGGAUAUUUCGUUGCCGCCUCUGAGUGGAGGGAAGCUGAGAGCGUCCCAGGUGGACGAAAUAGCCCAGAUCGGGAUAAGACAGACCCAGCAAGCUCACUCGACCCGUGA